AUUAAUCUUGCAUUCGCUCCGCCAUGCCUCCUCCGCAGCCCCGUCACCUCCGGCAGCCGAAUCACCGGCUGGACCCGAAAAUAUGGCGUGCGUGCGCCGGCGCAGCUGUCCAAAUCCCGAGGGUGCAUUCUAGGGUUUACUACUUCCCCCAGGGCCACGUGGAGCACGCUUCUCACUCUCCUCACUACCUAUCGCAUGUCCUCCGUUCACCACCCUUCAUUCCCUGCCGCGUCUCCGCCGUCGACUUCCUCGCCGAUCCCGUCUCCGACGAGGUCUUCGCCAAGAUCCUCCUCACUCCUAUCGCCGACCUUUUCAACGAACCACCCGAAGAACUCGGCGACAGUUACGGCGACAAGGUCGUCUCCUUCGCCAAGAUUCUCACGCCCUCCGACGCCAACAAUGGCGGCGGGUUCUCCGUUCCCAGGUUCUGCGCUGACUCCAUAUUCCCGAAGCUCGACUUCGAUGCCGACCCGCCUGUCCAGGUCCUUUCCGUCACCGACGUUCACGGCGUCUCGUGGCAGUUCCGCCACAUUUACCGCGGGACUCCCCGGCGGCACCUGCUCACCACCGGCUGGAGCAAGUAUGUGAACCACAAGAAGCUCGUCGCCGGCGAUUCCGUGGUUUUCAUGAAGAACUCGAGGGGGGAGAUGUUCGCCGGGAUUCGUAGGUCCUUGCGAUUCGCCGGUGCUGGGAGCAGCAAGGUUGAAGAUGAGCAGCAGAAGGUGGUUGCGUCGGCGGUGGAAUCGGCGGCGCAGAAGGUGCCGUUUGAGGUUGUGUAUUAUCCGAAGGCUGGUUGGUCGGAUUUCGUGGUGAAGGCUGAGGUUGUGGAGGAAGCAAUGAAGACCUUGUGGUGUCCUGGAAUGAGAGUGAAGAUGUCUAUGGAGACUGAGGAUUGUUCCAGGAUGACAUGGUUUCAGGGGACAGUGUCUUCUGUCUCUGCUCCUGAUAAUGGGCCUUGGCGCAUGCUUCAGGUUAACUGGGAUGAACCUGAAGUCUUGCAGAAUGCAAAGCGGGUCAGUCCUUGGCAAGUUGAACUUGUUUCCUUCACGCCUGCACUUCAUAGAACAUUCCCCCCAACAAAAAAGUUUAGAUUUGCUCAGGGUUCUGGGCUGUUAAGUGAUAGAGAGGGAGAUCCCUUUUUUCCUAUGACAGUGUUCCCGAAUUCAACAAUUGGACACUUGAAUCAAACAUUGUUGAGUUAUGAUACUUUUCCUGCUGGCAUGCAGGGAGCCAGGCAUGAUCUCUUUUCUGCAUCAAGUUUUUCUAACUUUUUAAAUGAUAACUCUUGUCUGCAUAUGGGUACUAGUUCAUUAGGGAACGAUACAGUGCCAAGGUCAAGAACUGUGCCAACAGAGCUAAACAUUGGCAGUUCUCAAUCUGAUGAAUUGUCACCAGAUAGGCCAGAUAGCCAGAGUAGUUUGCAUUCCUUUGGCACAGAGUUUUUUGGGACCCACAACAGCAUGACCACUAAAUUUGGUUCUGGUUCAAUUCUGCUAUUUGGUAAGAUCAUACAGCCGGUUCAAAGUGGUUUGCGUGAUGCCGACUGCAUGAGAGAUCACGGCAGUAAGGGCUGCAAUGAAACUGAAGGCAUUGACAACCCACUAGAUAAUUCUGUGACUUACUCAAAAUUGCACAGCAGGCUUGAUGUCCAAUGUCAACGAGCCCCACCAGUUGAGGCAUCUUAUUUUUGAAAGUAGUUAUGCAGAUAAGUAGCUGUACAGGUACUUACAGCUGACAGGCAGUUAGACAGACAGGAAGCUAACAACUCUUUGUCCUUGCAAGUUGCAAGUGUUAUAUAUGUUUCGGGGUUAUCUUUUGUUGGUCUUGUUGCAAGUGAUGAUUUAACUUCGUGAUAUUUGGUCUAAGUGUAUCAUAUAAAUA